GCCGAAUUGAAGUCCAGUUUAAUCUCUUUUACGGGGAUAAAAACAAAGCAAUUAUCAAGAGACACUCUGUCGCGCGACGAAAGAUCACUUUAUUCUAUGUUAUUAAGAGUAACGCUAGCCGCGCAGAAAUGAGCAUCGCGUUUCCGACUCAACGGCGUGUAAAAUUCUUACGAAUGUCGGAAACGGAGCGAUUAGAGCGAUUCCGUAAUACCGUGCUUUCAUAAUUUUUUUAAAGACGUCUGUCUGGCAUGAUACUUUCCUAUCGCUAUGCAGCGUUACAAAAAUGGGAGAAAAGUAGAUCGUGACGCCCGCGCUAUACUCGCGCGAGAUGACGGUACGGGAGUUCUACAAAAUGAUCAGCUGGGGUCUACUACAGCCAGUUUCCUCUCGAACCCGGUGCAAGGUGAUAGCGUAAAAGGCUCCCGGAGCGUCACUCGAGACUUUGGGCGCUCGACCAUGCUCCCAUCUCUUCUCGUGCCGAUGCUCUGUCAUUUGUACAUUUUCCGAAGAGGGGAUACCAUACUCCAUCUGACUCUGCUUCCCACCGGUACGUGUUUCUAUUGCUGCCCUAUCCAGUUUAAUCGGGACGUCCAAUUUAAAUUGUAUACCAGGCGGAAUCCGACGUAUCCGACUAUACUGGAUCCCAAUGAUGCCACAACGUUGUGGAGGAGCAAUUUCAACGUUAAACACCCAACUGUGGUUUACGUACACGGAUACAGCGACAGCUCCUUAGGGAAGGGUCCCAUCGCCAUACGAAACGCCUACCUCCGACGUGGUUAUUAUAAUGUGAUUCUGGUGGACUGGGCCAAGCUAGCGGUGUUACCUUGGUACAUAACGGCGGUGAGAAACUCCAGAAUCAUCGGGUCUUACUUAGCUCACGUGAUGCGCUGGCUCGACGCGCAGAAAGCCGUUCCCUUAUCCAAAAUUCACGUGAUCGGCUUCAGUUUGGGCGCGGAAGCCGCCGGUUUUAUGGGGAAGGCUCUGGCGCCGCGAAAGAUAGGCAGAAUCACCGGACUGGACCCGGCUUAUCCGUUGUACAUGAACACCGGGGAUGAGGGCCACCUGACCUGGGCUGACGCCACCUUCGUCGACGUAAUUCACACCGACGGCGGCAAUUUCGGAUUUCCCAAUCCCCUCGGUCACGUCGACUUCUUCCCGAACGGUGGUAGGAGACGACAACCCGGCUGCGAUUUCAAGAGUAUCGUUCGUAUGGGCUUCAGGAGAAUCAUCAAUCAGUACAUUACCUGCGGACACAAUCGGGCCUGGCGUUAUUAUGCAGAAUCGGUGGAAAACCCCUACGGGUUCCCCGCGAGUCGGUGCCCGAGAUGGAAACCUGACAUCGGAGCGAAUUGCGUGUGGAGGCCGGAGGCUUACAUGGGGUACACCGCCGAUCCCAAGUAUCGGGGAAAAUUUUACUUGAGCACGAACGAGCGAUGGCCGUACGCGAAGAACUUGACAAGCCACAAAUGAGGAUCAGUAUGCGGUGAUCUCGAUUUUUGGAUGAACCAGAUCAAGAAGCGAGACGAUCCUCCACGACGGUCGCUUCCAAGACAACUCUCUUGGAGUUUUUUGCGACGCCGCUUUAGAUGACGUGCUUGCGAUGGGAUUGUCUGUAUUUAUGUACCGCCGUCUUCGGUAUUCUCUGUAAACAGUUUGCAGUUCAGUUAGUUUUGUUGCUUCUUUGAAGAGAAUUGCGAGGUUGAUAAUGGAAACAUUUUUCUUGAAAUAACAGAAUAAAUAAACAAGAUCCAGAAUGACGCGCGACCUGAUGUAGCAGUGAUGUCGAAAAGCUCGAAUUCAAUUGCAACUAGUCGAAGAAAAAACAACUCGUGCCGUCCGUGUAUCAGCAAUGUGUUCUGUCUCUUUUAUAUAUCUUUUGUGAAAAGUUACAUACAAGUUUUCAGGACGUAAUAGUGCUAAGUAAUUAAAUAAAACUUUUAAUUAGCCAUAUAACGAUUUUAUGGCUGUACUUAAUUUUUUAUGACGUACUUUUGCGUGAUUGAAAGAAAAUAUGUAACGAACAUGAAGCAGGAUGAUUACGAGAACGCUAAUGACCGAGGAAACCUGCAAUUUGCUAUUUCCGUACAUGCACUCUACCUUCGAGGUAUGUAAAUUUCAAGGCCAAGGUACUUUAUUACCUACUUUUCAUUUUGGCUGAUCAAUGUGAAAGCUCUCUGGAAACUGCGUCUUUCGAACGAGGAAAACACGUGCUCGUAUUAAAUAUUACGAGUGGUAUGCGGGGGAUGAUGGUACAAACAGAGAAGCAUCGCGCGUAUUGGAAGCCAGAAAUAUUUAAAGAGGCCAGCCAGUCGUCGUGCUGCUUUUAUUCUGCACCACUCAACGCGAAACGCGGUUAUCCUCUACACGCGUUCCUCUACACUUCCAAAGAUGGUUCAUGGCUAAAUUAAUGCAUCGUAUAUUUGUCGUCAUACAAGAAUUCCUUCUUCCAUCUAGAGCGCAGCUCGGUCCAUCCGCAUCGGGCAACUCAACUGCGCGAAACUCGUUCAACUUCGUGGAACUCGUCGGCCGAACUUGAGUUCAGAGGCCAAAUUGCAUCUCCUCAAAGAAAUUCCGUCUGCCGUUUUUAACGUUCGUUAGACUGGAACAACUUUUCCGCCGUUCCGUUCUGUUCCCGAAGGGUGGCUUUCAUCGAACGCCUCAUGGAAAACUUUCCGAAGCACCAAAUGAAGAAAAACGGAGAAUUCUUGAUUCUCUAGUGCCAUUACGUUUUGUCGAAAAUUGCUUCAUACAACUUGGUCCGCGUAAAAACAUAGCGUACGUAGAGUAUUUCAGCUUACGUCAGCAAUUUCGAAAAGGUUUACGCCGUAAACAGAGAGAGAAGCAGACAGCCAACGUAUCUACGGUGGAACAACAACACCAGAGUUAGACAAACCGCAGACCGAACAAGAUAACAUAUUCAAUGCAAUGGUCGGAAUGCAAUUUCAGGAUCGAUAGGAUGAUUUAUAUAAGGCAGAAACAUUCUCUGACUCAUCUUGAAGAUAGCAUCGUGACCUUUCACGAUCGCGUACCGUUCAGCCGUGUCGUUCGAUUUUGGAAUACAUUUGGCAGAAAAGCGCGGAAAGCGAGUGAACCGUUGCGCUCACCCUUAAAAACAAUUUCGCGCCGAAAAGAGCGGCGGAGAGGCAGCUCAUGAAGAUUCACGGGGGAUUGAGAUUCACGGUACGUCCCGGAAUCACGAACGUAGACCUAGACGUUUCACGGAAUCCGUUCGGCGGUCAAUCAACCCGACAUGUACACUGAAAAAUUCAGUACGACCGGCAAGUCGAUAAGAAUCCAAUGGCCAGGGUUAUAGAUGACCCUAGUCUUGAAAGACCGCGUUACGUGAAAGGCGACGUUCGCAGUCUACGCUUCAGCACGUUCGACCGUGUUCGGUGCUGGUUCCUCCUCCCUCGAGGAGAACCUCCCUCGAGUAUCGUUACCGGCUAUACUCUCUUAUGGUUGCAUGUACACAGAGCGUCUUAGGUUUCACUAUCAUCGCCCAGUAUUUUCUGUUCCGGGCCGCGACUUCUCAAGAAGAUUUCAUUUAGCGCCCUUCAUUCUGGAUGAACAUCUAAAUAUAAUCUAAAUAUCUUUUUUUUCCUUCUUAUUUCUAUUUUGCCUGCUUUAGCUUUCCAUCAAGUAAACGAGCUCUUUUAUUUCAGGUCUUGCAGACUCUGCAGGCAUUUCGCUCGACUGCCUGAUCAAUGGAGCCUAUCUUCUCGAGAUUUAUAGACGCGCGACCCCUCGAAAUACGCGGGAAAUUUUCUCCGUCAGCCGACGAAGGUGGAAUUGUCUUCGGCGGUUAUUGUCGGUUCAUGUGCCGCGCGAAUCGAUGAAACAACCUAACGUCGGUGGUCUCCGUGCUCUGCUAAAAUCGCUGCUGUGUAUCGAUUGCUUCGAUCUUUACAUCGCCGGGUGCAUUGUCCUCUACUCGCGGAAAUGAGAAACGAAACACGAAACGUACCACCACCACCAGCACUACCACCAGCGUCACCAACCCAACGUCGUGGAUAUUGAUCCUUCUUUGUUCUCGUUGUUGAGCUUACGAACAUGUUGGACUCAGACGAUUCGCGUGUCAUACUCCCAUGGUGGUUACAUGCAUGUGCGGUUUACGUGGGGUUUUCCUGGAAAGAGCUGGAAGGGAUGUUUCCCCAGUGCUCUCUGUGCUCUCUACUACUUGCACUUUUUCUCUAUAUUCCUCGAACCAUCAAUCUUAGACUAAGUUUACCAUAUACUGGGUGGUCUCCGUUAUUUUUCUUAGCUUCUCUUGUGGUAUUCGUGGGCGGGACGACGACAGUCUUGAUGCGUGACUAGUACGUUAUUUCGCAUCGAGUUUGCAGGAUCCGGGAACGGCGUCAGUCCUUCAUUUAACGCGAAAAAAAUCUCUUUGGAGCACAUACCAGCAGGACGUCACGCAAUUAGCGUCAUACAAAUGUUCGUGUUCCGAGAGUGACGCUCGAGGCGUUAACAUCCCAUUAACAUCACUUCACGAAGGACGUGAGCCGACAUGCUUCUUCUCCCCGCAGUUCUCCGUUCGCAGUCAUUAUUUCCACGGUUUUAGUCAUUACAAACGUAAGCUUUCAGUCUCCGACGACGACAGUGGACACUCACCAUUGUCGCCCGAAGCUCGGCGAGUGCAUGAGCUCUUUUCACUUCCGUCAUUCGUCCCUCUCCAUUUAAUUAAUUUCGUUCUGUUCUAAUUCCGAACUUUCCUAUAAUGGAAUUCGAGUAACCGAAUCGAAUCUCCUUCCCCGAGCAACCAGAAACGACGUAGAUAAAUGCGAAACCGUUCCUCCGCGCAUCCACGUUUGAUGAGAAGCUAUUUGCAUCCAUCAAAAUAUUCCGAGAGAAUCUCGAUCGUCGAAAUAAAUCUAGCUUUGGAUUUUCCAGAAUAUCAAACUAGCGGGAAAGCAAAUUUAGACUGACAAUUGUGAAACUGGAAUAAAUACUCGUUUGCUUUAUUAUUAACGGAACAUCGGACAGUAACAGGAAAGAAACGGUAAAAGGAAAAAUCUUUAUGAGGUAUAAUGAUGACGAAAGAGAAAGGGCUACUCGAGAAAGCUUUUCGAAAGCGAAUAACGCUCACGCAAUCCAACGGAAGCGGAAGAUUGCAUCAACCCGCGUUUCUAGCGUCCGCGCAUUAUGGUGGUUCGUGCGGUUGUUAACAGUAUUAUCAACCCCUAACGCCAAACGCUCUGGGGGUCAACGACCAAGCACUUACGAGUCCAUUAUUUAAUUUUCUGCCGCGAACUUUUGAUCUAGAACUGAUAUGCAUGCACUUUCUGAAAUUACAAACUGUAUAUAUUUAGAAUCCAUGCGAAAGAAGAUUAAAAAACCACGUGAAUUACAUAUUUUC